AUGGCGACGCCAGAGCAGGAGAUGAACGAAUACGAGGCUGAACGCGCGCGUCGCAUAGCCGCGAACAAGGAGCGCAUGCGCGCGCUGGGCCUCGGCGCGGGUUCUCGCGCGUUCGAUUCCGCGCUCGCGCCCAUCGACCCCAACGCUCCACGCACUCUCGAUCCCUCCAACGGCGCUAAGAGGCCGCGGAAGAGGUACGAGCGCGCGGCGGCCGCGCGGCUGAACGGCGGGGGUGUCGGCGCGAGCGCACCUUCCGCGAGGGAGUCGCGCAGGCUUCGCGGGUAUCGCGCGGACUCGCGCGAGAUCGCCCCGGGCGACAAGGCCCGCCCCAUCGUGGACGUGGACGGCACGAGGCUCGCGGACGCAUCGCUGGAACUGGAACGCGCGGUGGAAGCGGUGGAGAAGGACGGGGCGAAGCGACGGGGGAUCGCCUUCCCGGACCCGCGAUGCCGGCCAAACUCCACCGUCGUCGCGCCGUUCACGCUCGCGUCCACGCGCGUCACCGUCGUCUCCCUCGGCGCCAUACACCGCGGCCCUUUCCCGCGCAACUACUGGUCGUCCAAGGGGUGCAUCUACCACCACCCGUUUCCGGUGGGGUACCGCGCUCGAAAGGUGCACUUCGGCAGGGAGUGGGAGAUGCGAAUCGACGCGGGCGAGUGCGGCCCGUGCUUCUCCGUUCUCAACCUGGCCACCGGCGAGUGCUUCACCGGGGAGACUCCGACGAAGCCGUGGACGAGGGUGUGCGUGAGCCUUCGGCUCGGGACGCGAAUAUCCGGGCCGCAGUUUUUCGGAUUCAGCGACCCGGUCACCAUGCGCGCGCUCGCGGCGCUGUGCUCGCCCGCCGAGCUCCGCAGGUGCCUGACCAAGGGAGAGAAAGACGGGACCCAUGGGGACGGGGACGUGGACGUGGGCGCGGGUGCCGAGUCUGGGGUGCCGACCAGGGUGCCGAUGCCGCUCGAGCUCGCGGUUAAAGAGUUUGCGACGCUCGACGGCGUAGGGGAUAAGACGGCGAUCGCCAUCGCCCGGAGCACCGCCUUCUCGCAUCUCGUCGACGUCGACGGGAUCGAACCCGCGUACGAGGGGCGCAGGCUGAGGGGCCUGGCCGAGCUGAUAGAGUGCGUGCGCGAAGGGGGCGCGCGACCCGGGGAGGGCGAGGCGUUUGUCCGGUGGUGGCUCCAAUCUUCGCCAGAGUUACCGGCGGCGACCACGCGUUGGCCGCCGUGGUGCGCACGGAUCGUCCCGAGGGUGAUGGAUCAGCUGCGGGGGGUCGUGGAGAUCGGGGCGGCGGGGCGCGGGGACCGGCGGCGCUCGGGCCGCAAGCGCGACGAGGUCUGA